UAUUUUUGUAGAAGAAUUCUGUUUGAUCGACGGACGUGACGAUCGAUUCCAGUCAUUUUUGUUCGCUGUAAAAGCCUGCUGAAUCUAGUUUCGGUUGCAUAUCAAGGGAUUUAACAUUUUCAAUCUAGUAUUCAAUACCUCGUCAGGCUUAUCUUAACCAUCAGUCGCACAAAAUGCCGACGGAAAUCGUGAAAACUUCAUCCAAGACGACGCUUGACAUUCGAGAAAGGAAUCUCCCUCGUGUUAGCAUCAAUGACAUAUACUACUCCGACAAGUAUACGGACAACAAUUAUGAGUAUAGGCACGUGAUCUGUCCUUCGCAUCUGGGAAAAAAGUUGAAGUCGCUUGGUCUGAUGACAGAAUCUGAAUGGAGACGCAUGGGUAUCCAGCAGAGUGUUGGCUGGGAACAUUACAUGAUUCAUAAUCCCGAACCUCACAUCCUCCCCUUUCGCCGGAAGCUAACGAGCGCCGAGGCCACUAAGUGAGAACUCAAUAUGGAGUGGUGGGAAAGAUCGCAGAUUCUUCUACUGGUCAUCAAGAACAAAGUUGUCCUGGAAUUUUCUUUUGCGCGACGUGUGAGAUAUUGUGAACUAAUCCCCAUUUUUAUAAAAUUCGUGCUUCUCGCCAAGUGAUAGUCUUCGUUGUACAGCGUGCGUUCUACCAUGUGAGAGUUUUGUUUGAGCAGGCUUUCCUCAUGGAUUUUUCGUGAGAUUUUAUCAGGCUACGGGAUGUUAUGAUGAGGAUAGCUAAGGGAUGUGCGUGAAAUAAAUAUCGACUUUUAUAUUA